ACACGCGCACCGUCUUUCAUCUUUUCAUUCAGACCAGCCAAGUGCCACAACAUGGAAAAGCUCAACUGUUGGGUCUACGGUGAAGAUGUUGAAAGGAUCUCGACUGUCGACAUCUCAAGUUCAGAGACUGUCUACGACCUCAAAAAAGUCAUCAAGGACGAGAACUCCUUACAGGUCCAAGCAAAGUAUCUCGAUCUCUACUCCAUUUGCCUUCCUGACGAUGAGCAACUGGAAGGCAAACUUAGUCGGUGGGAUCAUUCAAAGGAAAGGAAGCUCACCACACGAUCCAAAUUAUCAACCCUUUUCCCCAAGUCUAAGGAAGGGGUGUGGUUCAUCAUCGUCCGUGCACCCAGUUCUUCUCCCUGUUGUGGUCCC